AUGGCAAAAAAAAAUAAAGUGAACACCUCUCAAAGAAAGACUUUACGUCAAAAGGAAGAUGAAUACAUAGAAAACCUGAAAACUAAAAUCGAUGAAUAUAAUCCCAAGAUAACUAAAGCCAAAUUUUUCAAAGACCUGCCUAUUAGUGAUCCCACUUUGAAAGGUUUAAGGGAAUCAUCCUUUAUAAAACUUACUGAGAUUCAAGCAGAUUCCAUUCCAGUGUCUUUACAAGGUCACGAUGUAUUGGCGGCCGCAAAGACAGGUUCUGGUAAAACGCUAGCAUUUUUAGUUCCGGUCAUCGAAAAACUGUACCGCGAAAAGUGGACUGAAUUCGACGGAUUGGGUGCCCUGAUUAUAUCUCCUACAAGAGAGCUAGCAAUGCAAAUAUAUGAAGUUUUGACCAAGAUUGGCAGCCGUACAUCAUUUUCGGCAGGAUUAGUUAUUGGUGGCAAAGACGUCAAAUUUGAACUAGAAAGAAUAUCCAGAAUUAACAUCCUUAUUGGUACACCCGGUCGAAUUUUACAACAUUUAGAUCAAGCUGUAGGUUUAAAUACUUCCAAUUUGCAAAUGCUUGUUCUUGACGAGGCCGAUAGAUGCUUAGAUAUGGGAUUCAAAAAAACUCUAGAUGCUAUAGUGGACACUUUAUCUCCCUCUAGACAAACUCUUUUAUUUUCGGCAACUCAGUCCCAGUCCGUUGCAGAUUUAGCUAGGUUAUCCUUGACAGAUUAUAAAACUGUGGGAACGUAUGACGUUAUGGACGGAUCCGUUAACAAAGGACCGUCUACUCCAGAAACUUUACAACAAUCCUACAUUGAAGUUCCUCUAGCGGAUAAGCUAGAUAUCCUCUUCAGUUUCAUUAAAUCACAUUUAAAGUGCAAAAUGAUUGUGUUUUUGUCAAGUUCCAAACAAGUGCAUUUUGUUUAUGAAACAUUCAGAAAAAUGCAGCCUGGUAUAUCUCUAAUGCAUUUACAUGGAAGGCAAAAACAACGUGCGAGAACUGAAACUUUAGACAAAUUUAAUCGUGCUCAACAGGUCUGUCUUUUUGCUACAGAUGUUGUCGCUAGAGGUAUUGACUUUCCUGCAGUCGAUUGGGUUGUACAAGUUGAUUGCCCGGAAGACGUUGACACAUAUAUCCACAGAGUCGGUAGAUGUGCCCGCUAUGGUAAAAAGGGUAAAUCGUUAAUUAUGUUGACUCCACAAGAGCAAGAAACAUUCCUAAAAAGAUUGCAAAUCAGAAAGAUUGAGCCAAGUAAACUAAAUAUAAAACAAUCAAAGAAAAAAUCCAUCAAGCCCCAACUACAAUCGUUAUUAUUCAAGGAUCCAGAGUUGAAAUAUCUAGGACAAAAAGCUUUUAUAUCGUAUGUGAGAUCCAUCUAUGUACAAAAGGACAAAGAAGUUUUCAAAUUCGACGAACUAUCAACGGAAGAAUUUGCCUAUUCUCUUGGUUUACCGGGCGCUCCAAAGAUCAAAAUGAAGGGUAUGAAGACUAUUGAUCAGGCCAAAGAAAGAAAAAACGCUCCAAGACAGCUAGCGUUCUUAUCAAGGACAAAUGAAGAUGGUGAAAUAAUCGAAGAUAAAUCCAAACAACCAAGAACAAAAUAUGAUAAAAUGUUCGAACGUAAAAAUCAAACCAUUUUAAGUGAACAUUAUUUGAAUAUAACGAAGGCCCAAGCACAGGAGGAUGAAGAUGAUGAUUUCAUCUCUGUCAGGCGUACAAAUCAUGAAAUAAAUGAAUCCGAGUUACCUGCUUUAACUCUUCCCUCUUCAAGGAGAGCACAAAAGAAAGCACUUUCCAAAAAAGCAUCUCUGUCUUCCAAAGGUAACGCUAGUAAAGUGGUAUUUGAUGAUGAAGGUGAAGCUCAUCCGGUUUACGAACUAGAAGGUGAAGAGGAAUUUCAUAAGAAGGGUGAUGCGGAAGUUCAAAAGACAGAAUUUCUAAGUAAAGAAUCCGCGGUAAUGGCAGACAUCGAUGGUAUUGAUAAACAGGUGGCCAAGGAAAAGAAACAAGAAAAGAAGAGAAAGAGACUAGAGGCCAUAAGAAGAGAGAUGGAAACGGCUAUGGAAGGGGACCUUUCUGGAGAUGAUGGUGAGGGACAAUCAGUAGCAUACUUGGGAACAGGUAACUUAAGUGAUGAUAUGCACGACGAUGAUAUGUCCGAAUCAGAAGGCCACUUGAAGAAGAAAGCUAGAACUGUUGAUUAUUCACAUGGUAACAAACCAUUUAGUUCAGUUGAUGAUGAAAUUAUUGAAGUGGAAGAACCACAGACUUUGGAAGAUCUAGAGUCUUUGACAGCUAAACUAAUUCAAGGUUAA